AUGGGUUCAGCUUCCGACCACCAGAGUUCAUCUGCGACCUUAACACAAGUCCCAGCCACCGUACGGGCGUGUGCCGUUGCCCUAGAUGCAGUGACCCCGCUGGGCCGGGUCGCCUCAGCCUGUCCAUCUUUUAUCUCCCGCCGGUCCUAUGCCACUUGUGGUGUAAACAAAACUGUAUUGUGCCUUGAAGUUGUAAUAUUCCAUAAAUCAGAACUAGGCUUUGGCGAUGAAAUAUUGCCCCCUUCCACCUCUAAAGAGACUCGUCGAGAGGGAUGGGCCUAUGGAUCCUCACGAUCUGUCCAGUCGACACCCCACUCGUUCAAGAUGGCAUUAUCAAAACAGGGACCACAUAUAGAAGAGCUUAUUGAAUUGCAGGAUAUGAAUGAGGAUAUGUUCAAAUCAGUAAUGCUCUGGACGCUAGAUAGCGGUACUAAUGUCUUUGGUGGGAUUGUGAUUGCUCAAGCUACACAUGCAGCGGUCAAGACCGUUGAAGCUGGGUUCCAUCUCCACUCACUUCAUUGCUACUUUUCAGGCUUUGCCGCUGCCAAUUUACCAACCGGGAUCGAUUAUCAAGUAGAGAGGAUCCGAGACGGCAACUCUUACGCGACCCGAUCGGUUAAAGCAAUCCAACAAUCCCGUUGCAUUUUUAGUUUGCUCAUUUCCUUUCAUCGGCCAGAAAUCAAGCAACCAAGCUUUCAAGUCAAGAUUGAUUUAAGCAGCGUUAUUGCCCCGGAGAAUUGUCAACCUCUUGAAGCAUCCCUGCAACAUCAUAUCAACGUAAAAAGGGAUUCACUCCCGCCGAAUGUUUCAGAUUAUAUUGAGCAGCUAAUCAAACAAAUCAAAGCCAACGCGGUUGAGCAUCGGGACACUCGUUCAGAGCAAUAUCAUUCAAAAAUUCAUGGCUCAUCUCAGGCGUAUUGGUUUCGAGCUCGUGCCAAGAUACGCUCUGAUCCCGUAUACCACAAAAUGAUACUUGCGUAUGCGUCGGAUUUCGGGUUUAUUGACACCGUCCGGAUCGGUAUGGGGUUGCACUCUCCUGGAGGGCCUAGGCCCAGAGCAUCCAUGCUUGUUUCAAUCAGUCACUCCAUGUUUUUCUAUGACCAGUUGAGACCCUCCUCACUUUCUCAUACUCUUGUCCCUUGCUCAGACUGUGGUUUCGAUGUCAGUGAAUGGAUGUUGUACAAGAUGGAAGCAGAAACUGCAAAGGAAGGCCGGGGCUUGGUUGUUGGUCGGAUUUAUGCGCGUGAUGGCAGACUAAUCGCAGUUUGUGCUCAAGAGGGCGUGGUGCGCGCCGAGGCGGAAGUCCAGGAGGCUGGUGCGAAAUUGUGA